GAUGGAAGACAAGGAUAGUGACUUUGCUGACGAAGUUGCAGUUCCUUUAGAAAAGAAAUCAGAGAAACCAAAGAAUGAUGUUGCACGUGGAAACUGGAAUAACAAGGCGGAGUUUUUGCUCUCUUGUAUUGGGUUGGCAGUAGGAUUCGGAAAUGUGUGGAGGUUUCCAUAUCUUUGUUAUAGAAACGGAGGAGGUGUCUUUCUGAUUCCAUACGUGUUCUUUAUGACCAUAUGUGUUAUCCCUUUAUUACUAAUGGAAUUUUCCUAUGCCCAGUUUUCUGGACUGAGUCCAAUUACCGUUUGGAGACUAAGUCCUCUUUUCAAAGGCAUAGGUUAUGGAAUGGUAAUUAUCUCGGGAAUCGUCGGUUGUUACUACAAUGUCAUCGUAGCUUGGGCCAUUUUCUAUUUUAUUUCUUCGUUUCGCGCCGAAGUUCCAUGGGCAAGCUGUCAGAAUAGUUGGAAUGACGAGUUUUGUGUGGCCAGCAACGGGGAAAAAACGGGAAAUUUUUCCAACACGACAAAAGGUUUUGAAAUGGCCUUCAAUUACUCCAGUUCCGGCGAGGCCCUUCUAAAUGAUACAGUCAACGUAACUCUUUGGCAAGUGAAUACUACCGUUCGAUACGAGACGUCAAGUGAACAGUUUUGGCAGAACAAUGUUUUACAAAUUACAAGUGGAAUUGAAGAAAUUGGAGUGCUUCGCUGGGAGCUGCUUCUGUGCUCGAUUGGAGCAUGGUUACUUACGUUUAUCUGCAUGGUAAAGGGGAUUAAAACAUCGGGGAAGGCCGUAUACGUGACAGCUACGGUGCCAUACGUGAUUUUGGCCGUUCUUUUGGUGCGAGGGUUGACUUUGCCCGGGUCUCUAGGCGGUGUCAUCUUCUAUCUCAUACCAGAGUGGGAAAAAUUAUUAAAUUUCAAGGUGUGGGGAGAAGCCGCGGCACAGAUUUUCUACUCAACUGGUGUUGGCUGGGGAGGACUCUUGACUUACGCUAGUUACAACCCAUUUCAUCAUAACUGUUUGCGGGAUUCCAUUCUGAUCUCUGUGGUGGACACUAUAACAUGUCUUUUUGCAGGCUUAGUAGUGUUUACGGUGAUAGGAUUUAUGGCAUAUGAAACAGGAGAGGAUAUCAGCAAGGUUGUUAGACAAGGUCCUGGUUUAGCAUUUGUAGUAUACCCAGAAGCUGCAGCAAAGUUGCCACUCUCGCCCCUGUGGUCUGUGCUGUUCUUUGGCAUGCUGAUAAUGAUUGGACUUGGCAGUCAGUUUGGUCAAGUUGAAACAUUGGUUAGCAGCCUUACUGACGAAUUCCCACGUAUUUUGAGACCUAAAAAAACUAUACUGACAGGCAUGGUGUGCUUAAUACAGUUUCUCGUGUCCCUCAUGCUUAUUACUCAGGGCGGCGUUUACAUCCUGCAGGUGAUGGACUGGUACUGUGCUACGCUGUCCCUCCUGGUGAUCAGUGUGUCUGAAUGUGUGGUCAUUGCCUGGGUGUAUGGUUUAAAUCGUUUCUGCAAAGAUAUCACUCUGAUGGUUGGAAGACCGCCGCCAUUGUUCUUUAAAGUGUGCUGGCUUGUUGUGACACCGCUUUCCAUUUUAUUUGUGUUGAUAUUCAGCCUGAUAAUGCAUAGUCCGGUGUCAUACGGAGACUAUGUAUACCCAGAAUGGACGUACGGCAUUGGCUGGGUCAUUGCGUUGUGCUCCAUUCUGCCUAUACCUUUGCUGAUGGUAAUUCAAGUAGCCAGAACUAAGGGAUCACCUUUGCAGCGAAUUCGAGGUUUAAUAAGGCCAAGUCCUGAAUGGGGACCUUCCUCAGAGGAAAAAAGAGAGAUGUACCGAGUAGCAUACCAGACCCACAGCGAGACCAAAUUUUGAAGAAUUACAGAAGUCGAUUU